CCUCCCCCAUAUCGGCAUUUCCCGCUAAAAGGUCGUCGGCCGGACGACGAUUUUAUUGAAAUCACUCCUGGACUUGAGAGAAAGAGAGUCUCAGCCAAGUUGAACUCAGUUCUCAAGGGCCCUUGGGAGGUCAAAUCCUCAUCGAAAUGGCGGACGAACUCAAGCACACCGAAACCGACAUAAAAGUGGCUGAAAACAAGGAUACCAGCCAGCUCGACAGAAGUGAUUCCGAUCGUGAUCUCGACGAUGCUGGGUUAGAAGGAGAUGAAAAGAUCGACUUGAACAGCAACGUUUCGGGAAGAAUCAAAAACCCUCUUGCGCAUAUCCCAAAACACCGAUUACUUCGAGAUGUCGAGGAAUUUGCCAAUAAGAACGGACUUGAUGACAUCCUGCCUAACUUGCAGAAAGGUGCAUUAAUAGCCAAGGACCCAGCAAAUUUUGAGACUGUCGAAGGUAUUACGGAGGAAGAAAUCGAGGUCAUCCGAGAUGAAGUCGUUCACAAGUGGCGCCAGCCGCGACCGCUGUACUACACGAUUAUUCUUUGCUCAAUUGGCGCUGCCGUGCAGGGAUGGGAUCAAACCGGAUCAAACGGAGCAAAUUUAUCGUUCCCAGAGGCUUUUAAUAUUAGCGAUAGGGAGGGAACUCCCAACGCGCACAUACAUCAAUGGCUCGUCGGACUGGUUAACGCUGGCCCCUAUAUCGGUUCUGCAUUUCUAGGCUGCUGGCUUUCAGACCCUUUCAAUGACUUUUUCGGGAGACGUGGAGCAAUCUUCAUUUCGGCAGUAUUUUGCGUGCUUCCACCCAUUGGAUCUGCCGUCUCUCAGAACUGGGAGCAGCUCCUGAUCACCCGUUUACUGCUGGGCAUUGGUAUGGGAGCGAAGGCUUCGACUGUCCCGAUUUUUUGUGCAGAAAACACACCAGCCAGUGUUCGAGGAGGCUUAGUGAUGAGUUGGCAGCUCUGGACCGCUUUUGGCAUUUUCCUCGGGUUUUCCGCGAAUCUUGCCGUAAAAGAUACCGGAGAUAUCUCGUGGAGGUUGCAGCUUGGUUCAGCUUUUAUUCCCGCAGUGCCACUUCUACUGGGUGUGUACUUCUGUCCGGAAUCGCCGCGCUGGUACAUCAAGAAGGGCAAAAUGGCGCAGGCAUACCGAUCUCUAACCCGACUUCGGAACCAUCCGAUUCAGGCAGCUCGCGACCUGUAUUAUAUCUACUGCCAGAUUAAACUCGAGGAGGAAAUGGCGGGAGAGAGCAACUACGUCACCCGUUUCAUCCAGCUGUUCACAAUCCCUCGGGUUCGCCGCGCCACUCUCGCCUCAUUCACUGUUAUGAUCGCCCAACAAAUGUGUGGUAUCAAUAUCAUAGCAUUCUACUCAUCCACAGUGUUUAGGGAAGCAGGAGCGGACGCAACAGGUGCUCUUUUAGCGUCUUGGGGUUUUGGCCUUGUAAAUUUCCUUUUUGCAUUUCCCGCAAUCUGGACAAUUGACACAUAUGGGCGACGUACAUUGCUGUUAUUCACAUUCCCCCAAAUGGCAUGGACAUUGCUUGCUGCAGGGUUCUCUUUCUGGAUCCCAGAAGAAAACAGAGCUCACCUUGGCGUUAUAGCCUUCUUUGUGUUCCUGUUUGCUGCCUUUUAUUCGCCGGGAGAAGGACCAGUCCCAUUUACCUACUCUGCCGAAGUGUUCCCGCUUACGCAUCGUGGUAAGUUUGGGAAAAUCACAUCCGUACUGGUGAAUAUGCGCUGGAAGCUAAUAUCCCAUCACAGAGGUUGGAAUGGCCUGGGCUGUUGCAACAUGCUUGUUCUGGGCGGCUGUACUCUCAAUGACGUUCCCACGUAUGCUGAGGGCAAUGACCCCGACUGGUGCAUUCGGGUUCUAUGCGUAAGUCUGCUCGCGUUCCGUCAAACCAAGGCUUUUCCCUAACCUUUCUAGUGGUCUGAAUGUUACUGCCCUGAUCAUGAUUUACAUGUGGGUGCCCGAGACCAAGCAACGUACUUUGGAGGAGUUGGAUUACAUUUUUGCCGUUCCAACCUGGAGACACGUUCGUUAUCAGGUCACCGAGGUCCUUCCAUGGUGGUUCAAACGCUACAUCUUCCGUAAGGAGGCCCAUCUCGAGCCCUUGUACAAGCUAGAACAUGUCGCGAGGAAAGAAGAAGCGUAGUGCGCGAAGGGCUCUAGCUCCUGGAAUAACUCGUGAACUUGAUAGGAAUUAAUAACCAUGGACGACCGACACAGUGGCGGCGCAUAGAGACAUACCUACUUGCCCCUCUUUAUCUCCCCCUCUGGGUGCCCGUUGUAUCGACGAUAAUAGGACCCAGUGUGCACCUGGUUUAUGUGCGGCAGUCAUUCUUUCCGCUUGUUUACAAUGUUUCUGAUUUCAGUAAUUCUCAAGUUGACUGAGUAGAGUUUCGCUGCAUAUAUUGAAAUGAUCAUCUCUCUCGAAG